AUGCAUGUAUUAUAUUUUGAGACAAUAUCUGUUAUUUCUUCUUCAGUUGUGUCUGAUGUUGGUGCAGAUGUAGUGCCAUUGUCAGUGAUGGAGGGAGAUUCAGUCACUCUAUACACUGGACUUAUUAAAUCCCAACAAGAAAGAAUGAAAUGGUAUUUUCAUGUCGAUCGUAUAGCAGAAAUCACUGGAGAUCAGAGUAAGAUCUGUACAGAUGAUCAGUGUAAAGAGAGAUUCAGAGACAGACUGAAGCUGGAUCAUCAGACUGGAUCUCUGACCAUCACAAACACCAGAAUCACAGACUCUGGACUUUAUAAACUACUAAUCAAUAGCCAUAACAGUGAAAUAAUCUUUGGUGUUUCUGUCAGUGAUGCAUUUGGUGUUGAUACAGAUGGUGUGUCAGUGAUGGAGGGAGAUUCAGUCGCUCUACACACUGAUGUUAAAAUGACCCAACAAGACAGGAUUAGAUGGUAUUUUAAUAGCAUUCGCAUAGCAGAAAUAAUUUAUAACCACAGUAAGAUCUGUACAGAUGAACAGUGUAAAGAGAGAUUCAGAGGCAGACUGAAGCUGGACAGUCACACAGGUGAUCUCACCAUCACAAACAUCAGAACCACAGACGCUGGAGUUUAUAAACUACUGAUGAACAGCCGCAACAGUGACAGGAUCUUCAAUGUUGCUGUCAGUGGUAUUUCUGCUGAACAAGACGAAAUGAAGAGAAAGUCAGUGCAGAAGGGAGAAUCUGUCACUUUAGAUCUUGGUGUAAUAAACCCAAACGGUGUGAUGAAUUGGUAUUUUAAUGACAUUCUCAUCGCUGAAAACACUGGAGAUCAUAAUAAGAUCUGUUCAGGCCCACCUUCAGGUGCUGCAGCAGCAAGUGCUUCUGUUAUUGGUGGUAUUAUUGCUUUUCUUGUUGUCCUGCUGGUCAUGGCUGUAGCAGCUGGUUGUGUGCUUAACAAUGGCAGUAUUACAGAUGUAACGGAGGCCACCGAGUAG